GUCGAGCAGGUCGCGGUAGGCCUCCUCUCCUCGAAACCCGGGAGGAGCCCCUUCAGCCCGCACAUUCGCCUCUUUGCAACUCGGCUGGGCCGGCGCCGAAGCAAAGAUCGCAGGUUCCACAGACGAACGUUCGUUUCGACAGUAUACGACUAGGAAUUCAUUAAUCAGCUGAUUCUCCAUCGAACAAUUCGCGAUCGAGCAGCUCUUCAGUCUGCGUGACGCAGAACGACACAUCGAGCGCGAUGGCGAGCCGUCGCCAGAAGCAGUUCGACCGCAAAUACAGCUCGUACAGAAAAUUCACGGCGAGUGAAGAUGUGAACUAUACUUCACAUUCCUCUCGAUCGAGUUUUCGAUCCGAGUCAGUGACAUCACGAAGCGACAGACGUGGGCGUUCGACUAGCUCCGAGAUCGUAACGGGCUCGGAUACUCGUUCGUAUCCCGUAUACAUUGCAAUACAAGACUAUCAACCCGAUGCUAAUGAUGUCGAAGGAAUUCCAUUGGAACAAGGGCAAAUAGUCGAAGUACUCGACAAGAAGAAUCCAACUAGUUGGCUGGUGCGAACGAAAGCACGUCCGCCACUCUCAGGAUGGGUUCCCGGAUCAUAUUUUGAAACUCCCACGGAAUAUUAUAAGCAACGAAGAAGAACACGUGAACUUGAUUCGACCGGAACGGCAAUGACUGAGGAUCAGGAAGCAUUACUGAAGAGAGACCAAGUCUAUCAUGAUCUACUCCGAUCUGAAGAGGAAUUUGUUUCCGAACUUCGUACCUGUGUUGACAACUACGUCCGACUAUUGGAUGAUGCUAACGUACCACCGCAGGUUGCAGCUCAAAAGGAAAAAUUGACCCUGAAUGUUGCCGAACUCUAUAACUUCCAUGCUAAUGUAAUGCUGAAAGGUCUCAAUUACUAUUCCGACGAUCCCGGAAAGGUUGGACAAACAUUCGUUCGUCUGGAACGCGAUUUCGAUCAUCACGUGCAAUUCUUCAAAGAUCUACCAGCGACAUUGGAACUUCUUGAACAACAACCCUUCAAAGAUUUCUUUCAGUCACUUUCUGAUAAGUACGAGGCUGGUUCACACACUUUUUCCGAGCAUUUGAAGAAUGUCGCAGAGCGGAUUACACACUAUCAAAAUUACUUCAAAGAAUUUGUCAAAUACACGGCAAGAGCAAAUCAAAGCAGCAAAAGCAUGCAAAAAGCACUGGAGCUGACAAUGGGAAUACCACAACGGGUACACGAUCUCGUCUAUACAACCAAUAUUAAACACUACCCGGGUGAUACGGGUAAACUCGGACGACUCAUUAGACAUGACUCGUUCGAGGUAACCGAAGGAAAUGAACCAAGCAAGGAGCGCUAUGUCUUCCUUUUCAAAAACAAAGUUAUGAUUACGGAUAAGAAUGAUCGCACUACGCCACCCACUUACACUCAUUACGCAACAAUUAGGCUCGAUAAGUAUACUGUAUCGUCACACAGACUCGAUGAAGACACUAUCGUGUUGAAGCCGAAUGAGCCAGGAUUACCCGAGUUUAGCCUGAAACCGAAAGAUCCUGGAACAGCGGAGUAUGUGCGAAAAGCAUGGUUAAAAGACAUAACGGAGGAACAGGAGGCAUACGCUUCUGAACAUGAACAACAAGAAACCGAGACUACUACAUCGGAAUUUGAAAUGCAUCUCAGCGAUAUGCGUUCGGAAUUCAGCGAAUAUUCAGGCUCAAGGAAGAGCCUACUUUUGGGUCCAGAAGAAGGGGGACCACCACGAAAAAAGGUGAAAUCGCCACCGGCUAUUUCACCGACUGGAUCCUCUACAAGUAUUUAUUCGGGUGGAAGCAGUAGUAUUGAUUGGACUACAACCGGUACCACGCUUGAAAUGCAAGGCACAAGAGUAACACGAACACAGUAUGGUUUCCGUACAUUACAAGAAUCAUCAGCCAAGAUGUGCUUAAAAGUUACCGGAUAUCCAUUACCAGAGAUCACAUGGUAUAAGGAUGAUGUACAGUUACAUGAAGACGAACGACAUACAUUCUACGCUGAUGAAGACGGCUUCUUUGCCAUGACUAUUGAUCCUGUGCAGGUUGAAGAUACCGGCCGAUACACAUGCAUGGCAACGAACGAAUAUGGUCAAGCCUCGACAUCUGCUUUCUUCCGAGUACUCAAGGUAGAAAAAGAGGCUGCACCACCGAAAUUUGUAAAUUCGCUAAAGGAUCAAGAAUGCAAAGAAGGCGAAGUGAUAAGCUUUGAAUGCGAAGUGGAAGGCUGGCCAGAACCAGAAUUAGUAUGGUUAGUAGAUGACCAGCCACUACGACCAUCUCAUGAUUUCAAGAUCGAAUACGAUGGUAUGAAUGCGAAGCUUGAGAUCAGGGAUGCACAACCAGAUGAUACCGGUGUUUAUGCUGUGAAAAUUCAAAACGAAUUUGGAACAGCCGAAAGCAAAGCAGAACUGGUGGUUGUACCCGAUCCAGAUAAGAACCACGUGGCUCCUGAGUUCCAGGCUACUAUCGAAGACGUAGAAUGCAAUGAAGGUGAUGAAGUUCGCUUCAAAUCUGUAAUUACUGGCGAUCCUACACCUGAGAUCGUAUGGAUGAUCAACGGAAUUCCCUUAACAGAAUCAGAAAAGGUUCGAUUCAUAUGUGAAGACGGUAUCUGCAUCUUGAUUAUCAAGGAUGUGACCAGACAUUUUGAUGGUACAGUAACCUGCCAAGGCUCGAAUCGCCUCGGAACAACAAGCUGUGAUGGGCGACUCAAAGUCAGAGUUCCACCAGCACCACCAUCAUUCGCAAAACCGCUCGAAGACAGAGUGGUACAGGAGAAUGGAACGGCUACUUUCGAAGUGGAUGUACUCGGUUGGCCAGAACCUACUGUAACUUUUACCCUCAAAGGGAAAGAGUUGAAAAAUGGUGUAGACGGAGUUGAAAUCAGCGGUGCUGAUGGCAUACACAAAGUGAUUGUGCCAAAAUGUAAAAUGGAUGAACAUGAUGGAGAGAUUGUUUGCCGAGCCGUAAACGAACAUGGUACAGCAGAGAGUCGAGCGCGGCUCACCGUUGAGCCAAUGGAAGAAGAGUCGAGAAGCGCACCAACAUUCAUCAAAGAUAUUGAAGAUCAGACUGUAAAAUACGGCGUACUUGCCGUAUUUGAAACUACCGUACGUGGUAGUCCAAAUCCCGAAGUCACUUGGUACAUUAAUGGUAUAAAAAUGGACAAGGAUACUCCGGGAGUGAAGAUCGAGUUUGUGAAUCACGAUCAUAAGCUGACAAUCGACUCAGCACAAUAUGCUGGAACAAUCUUGUGCAGGGCAGAAAACGUGGUUGGUCGAUUCGAGACUAAAGCACGUUUGACCGUCAUUCCACAAGAAAAACCAAAGAAAGCUCCACGCUUUUCCGAGCUACUUAGCGACAAAACGGAAGUCGAAGGAAACACAGUUGUGUUCGAGGCUCGAGUAGAAGCCGAACCAAAACCCGACAUCAAAUGGUUCCUCAAAGGAGUGGAGCUAAGUGCAUCUGAGCACGUAGAAAUUCGCGAAUUUGAUGGAUCUGUGAAACUGGAACUACGAGGGAUAAAAAUAGACGAAGCUGGCGAAGUAAAAUGCGUUGCGAGAAAUUCUGAAGGUUCAGCAGAGACUUCUAGUAAAUUAACAGUAAACCGUAAACCAUUCCCACCCACAUUCGACAAACAACCGCAAAGUGUUACGGUUGAAAGAGGAUCUGAAGCUAGAUUCGAGGCGCAUGCAGAGUCAAGUCCAGCUCCUACUUAUCAAUGGUCAAUUGAUGGUAGGAAGGUUCGCGAGAGCACCGAAGGCACACGUGUAGAAAUGAUCGACGGCAACUCCGUGCUGUUCGUGAAUACGUCAGUACAUCCUGUAUCGUCGACGAUUUCCGUUAUCGCCGAGAACAGUCUCGGAGCGGACGAGACCGGCGCUCGCCUCACUGUGGAGGAGAAGAAGAUCGAAGAGAAGAAGGUGGAAGUGUCUCAACCUGAGACCACUACCGCCCCUGUUCAAGAAGGCAGUAUUGAAAUCUCACAGAUCGAAGUCGAGCUGCCGAAACUCGUUUCCACGGAAGGAGUUCUAAAGGACGAUUACGAAGAGGCCACUGCUACCGGACAGCCUGCCCCAACAACUGCCGAAGCGACAGUGAAGGACGAAGGACCAGGAGCAAUGCAGACCGCUACCGUAACCGGCAUGGAAGUUCACGAACCGGUCAAGACGGACGAAGCCACUAAGGAGCAAGUCCCCCAGGAUGCCCAAGCUGCUGCAAUCGAACUGCCCAAACUAGUCUCCACGGAAGGAAUUGAAGUGCAUGAACCUCUCAAAGCGGACGAGGCUGCCAAGGAGGAAGUGAAAGCGGAGCCCCAAGCUGCUGCCGUAAGUGGUACCGAAGUUAAGGAACCAGUUGGAAAAGUCGAAGAGGCUAAGAGGGAGGAGGUACCCGAACAGAAAGCAGAAAUGGUGAAACCACCUGAGCUGCCCACCAUCUUCAAGGAUCUUCAUGAUCAAACCGUGAUCAAAGGUGAACAAGGCAAAUUCGAAGUUAUCAUCGAGCAUGCCACCGAAGUGAAAUGGUAUCACAAUGGCAAGGAGCUGACGCCGGGCACGGAAGGAGUGAAAAUCACCCGAGAGUCAAACUAUACUUUCAAAAUGACGAUCGAUACGACGAUUUUCUCACCUGGCACCAUAUCUGUGGAAGCCAGAAACGAAUCGGGCACGGCGCAGACAAAAUGCGAAAUGAAGUUGAUAGAAAAACCGGAAAUAAAAGAAAGAUUGCAAGAUGUGCAAGCAACAUUGGGCGAACCUUUCAAAGUUGAGGUGGCAGCUGCUGGACAACCGCAGUUCAAAUGGUUGAUCAAUGGACAGGCUUUGGAGGACGGAAAAGAAGGUGUGAGGAUAACCACCGAAGGUGACAGGUCUAUACUUUCUGUCGAAAGAGCAGAACCCACGCACGGCGGAAAGCUUAUGGUGAUUACUGUAAACGAAGCGGGUACAUCGGAAACAUCAUGUCAUAUCACAGUCAAUCCUAAACAAGCAGCUCCACAAUUCAUCGACGGACCAAAAAAUGUUACCAUCAAAGAGAAGGAGACGGCAGAAUUCAAGGUGAAAAUUACUGGUUUCCCUGAGCCAAUGAUCAAUUGGUCGAUCGAUGACAAGCUAAUCGAAGAAAGCAAUACGAUCAAGACAUCACAUUUUGGAAAUGAAUACACGUUGAGAAUCACUGAAACUACCACAACGCAUACGGGUACGGUAAAAGUGACCGCUCAGAAUACUGUAGGUACCGAUUCAAGGACGGCUGAAUUGAGGGUCAACCCAGCCCCAGUAGCGCCCAACUUCAAAACUCAAAUGUCCGAUACAACGGUAAAAGUUGACGAGCAACUAAAUAUGGAAGUUGUACUGGACAACGCUCAACCUGGGACAAGUGUAAAAUGGUACAACAAUGGUGGUCAACUGCAGGAAGGUCCUAAUGUACAGAUCUUCGAGCCACAACCUGGCACCCAUCAGCUCGUCAUUGAGCAUGUGAAGGAAGAAAUGGCUGGUACAAUAUCGGCCAAAGCUAUGAAUGAAGUUGGAGCAUGCGAAUGCACAGCUAAGCUCAGAGUAGAAGGCGGCAAAAAGCCAGAAUUCACGAAAACUCCACAAAAUCACGAAGCAUAUGUGGAUGAUGAGAGCGUGAAAUUUAGCGCUAUCGUGGAUGGAACACCACCUCUUAAGAUUUCUUGGUACUUGAAUGACAAGAAAAUCGAAAACAGUGAAGAAAUCAAAGUGAAAUUCGAACAAGACACUGGAAAAACAUCUAUUCGUAUCUACAAACCACAACUUGCGCAUAACGGUACCGUGCGUGUUACCGCUGAGAACGAAUUCGGAAGCGCUGAAGUUACAGCCACUUUGAAGGUUGAAAGGCGAACUGAAGUGCCAAAAUUCACCAGCAAUAUGGAUGAUCGCCAAGUUAAUGAAGGAGAUACGGUAAAAUACACUUCAACAGUGGAAGGAUUCCCAGAACCCACUGUAGAAUGGCUGCUCAAUGGGGAACCUGUGAGCAAAUAUCCGAAUAUCACUGUUUCUGACAGUGAGGGGAAGCACACGAUUGAAAUCAAAGAGAUUACACCAGAACAAUCUGGAGAGCUCUCUUGCCAGGCAUCGAAUGCUGGUGGCAUGAAGAAGCAAAAUGUAAUCUUGAAUGUUAAACGAGUUGGCGAAGCGCCAACAUUCUCGAAAAACGUUGAAGAUCGUAUGGUUACUGAAGGAGAAGUCACUCUUAUGGAGGCAAAACUCAAUCAGGUGAAACCAAAGCCAACAAUUACUUGGCUACGAGAUGGCAAAGAAUUCAAGAGUGAUGACCAUUUCGUUCUUACUGAGCAAGAAGAUGGCACGCUCCAGCUGAAAAUCAUCUCUACAAAAAUGGAAGACAAAUGCAGAAUUACGAUCAAGGCUGAGAAUUACUUUGGAACUGCUGAAUGUUCUGCUUCUCUGGGUGUAAUCAAACCACGUCCAAUGGCUAAGCCAGCAUUCCAAAGCGAUAUUGCGCCAAUCCAUCUUACCGAGGGCGAUUCGUUGCAGACAAAAUUGCUAAUUACUGGUGAUCCAACACCAUUUGUGAAAUGGUACAUCAAUAAUCAGCUGGUUUGUCCUACUGAGGAUACGGAAAUCACAAAUGCCGGUGGAGUUUAUUCUCUGGUCAUUCAUGGAGUUACAGCUGAUAUGACUGGAAAGAUCAAAUGUGUGGCUUAUAACAAGAUGGGUGAAGCCACGACCGAAGGCGAGCUUAAAGUAGUUGCACCUAUCCCAGUCGAGUUCGAAACUGCUCUUUGCGAUGCCACCUGCCGUGAAGGAGAUACUUUGAAGCUCAAGGCUGUCUUACUUGGAGAACCAACACCAGUCGUGUCAUGGUAUGUGAAUGGCAAAAAGCUUGAGGAGACGCAGAACAUCAAGAUUCAUGCAGAGAAAGGAACCUACACAGUCACUAUCAAAGACAUUACUUGUGAUUAUAGCGGCAAGGUCGUCUGUGAAGCCGUAAACGAAUACGGUAAAGCCUCUAGCGAAGCGAUGCUGUUGGUGCUUCCACGUGGAGAACCACCAGAUUUCAUUGAGUGGCUUAGUAAUGUGCGCGCUCGUCAGGGAUCCAAAGUAGUUCACAAAGUGGUCUUCACUGGAGAUCCUAAGCCUGUGUUGACUUGGUACAUCAAUAACCAAGAAGUCAAGAAUUCUGAAAAAAUUACCAUCGUGACCGAUGAUAAGACUUCCACCCUUACGAUCAAUAAUUUCAAUCCGGAAACCGACGUCGGAGAAAUCAUUUGCAAGGCUGAAAAUGAUGCUGGUGAAGUCUCUUGCACGGCUAAUAUGGCCACCUAUACCAGCGAAAUGUUUAGCGAAAGCGAAUCGGAAGCCCAGGCUGAAGAGGUUAUUGCUGACGAGCUAACUCUCACUGACGACGAAUCACUUCGUGAAGAGUAUCAACGCACGCCAACACCUGUGAUGGCACCGAAAUUCAUCACUAAAAUCAAGGAUUCUCGAGCUAAACGAGGACAUGAAGCUGUAUUCGAAUGUGUGGUUCCUGACACAAAAGGAGUUGUAUGUAAAUGGCUGAAAGACGGCAAGGAGAUUGAGCUAAUCGCACGAAUACGUGUACAGUCAAGAACAAUCGAGGGACACAUCACACAAGAAUUGAUCAUUGAGGAUGUGCGUCCCGAAGAUGCUGGCAAGUACACCGUAAUCGUCGAAAAUAGUGCCGGCCGUGAUAUGUGUGAAGCAACUCUUACUGUUGUUGAAGAUAUCGAGAAAAUCCCCGAUAGAGCUCCAGAAUUCGUUGUACAACUGCAAGACAAAGUUACGAAAGUCUCGGACAAAGUCACAUUUGAGUGCAAAGUUGUUGGUCAACCGGAGCCAAAUGUCGUUUGGUAUCAUAACAAUAAAGUUCUCGAAGAAUCCGCUAAGGAAGUGAUCAUCGAAAGUGAAGAGGGUGUACAACGGCUUGUCAUCACUACUACUGAGACCAAACACGAAGGCAAGUACAGUUGUGUGGCCGAAAAUGUUGCUGGCUCUAGCCGAACGGAAGCCAAGCUGGAAGUUUACGCACCAAUCGCACCUACAUUCACAAAAUCGCUCACGGAUCAAUCGAUAUCAAUCGGUGAACAACUGGUGUUAUUCUGUUCCGUAAAAGGCGUACCACAACCAAGUGUUGAGUUCUAUCACGAAUCUACGAAAAUGACGUCAUCCCAACAUGUAUCGAUCGAACACGAUGCGACAAAUACGCAUUGGAGAAUGCUAGUGAAGCAAAGCUCGAAGGAAGAUUUGGGAAAAUAUCACGCGGUCGCAAAGAAUGCUGUAGGCAGUGCAAUAUCCGAGGCUACCGUAGUCGAGAAGGGCAUUUCGCCAACAUUCGAGAAAGGCUUGAAGAGCACUACUGUGACGGAGAAGGAAGAAAUCAGAAUGGAAGUGAAAGUUCUUGGCACGGCGCCAGAAGUCACUUGGUUCAAAGAUGGCAAACAAGUCACAAGCGACUCAAUGCAUGAGAUUAGAAAAGAAGAAACGACGCAGACUUACACGCUCAUCAUCAAGGAAUCUAGCCUUACCGAUGCUGGCCAUUACGCCGUGAAGGCGGAGAACACAGCCGGUUGCGUACAAAGCACCGCUGAGGUUACGGUAACGCAAGCGCUGCAGAAACCUACAUUCAUCAAGGAACUCGUCUCCACUGAAGUGAAAGUGAAUGAAACAGCAACGUUGAGCGUUACCGUACAAGGCACGCCGACUCCAGAAAUCGUUUGGAUGAAGGAUGGCCAGCCAGUCAACAUCGACAACACUCACAUCAUUUCCAAAAAAGAAAGCGAGCAGAAUUACUCAAUCACCAUCCACUCUGCUCGUAUGGAAGAUGCUGGAAAAUACAGCUGCGAAGCCAGGAAUGUUGCUGGAACAGCUGAAUGCUCGGCCAAUUUCGCGGUCGUCAAGACCAUGGAAGCACCUCAAUUCACAGAAUCUUUGCGACCCGUGGAGAUUAAGGAGACAGAAGCGGUACAACUAUACUCCUGCAAAGCUUCGAAUGAAGUUGGCACAGCACGAACGGAAGCUACCGUCCAUGUAGCUACAGAAUCACGGGCACCAGAGUUCACAGAAUUCCUAACACCAAUGGAAGUGAAAGAGGCAGAAACCGUCAACUUGUCAGUCACAGUGGAAGGUGUACCGCAACCGGAAGUAACAUGGUACAAGGACAACAUUGCCAUAAACAUUGACAAUGUGCAUGUUUUGUCAAAAGCUGAAGGCAGUGGACAUUUCACGCUUACCAUCAAAGAUGCACAAUCAAAGGAUGUUGGUGUAUACUCGGCUAGAGCUGUCAACAAAGCUGGUGAAGCAAGGACAGAAGCUAAUGUCAAUGUUGGCACGCAGAAUGUUGCGCCAGCCUUCACGGAAGAGUUGAAGCCAUUGGAAGUCAAGGAGACAGAGACUUUGAGUUUGACAGUGUCAGUCAUUGGAUUGCCAAAGCCUCAACUGACAUGGUUCAAGGAUAAUGUCAAGAUUAACACUGAUCAGACUAGAAUCACUGUCAGAGAAGAUGGAACUGGCAGAUACACGCUAGAGAUUAAAGAUGCGCAAUUGACAGACAUUGGGAAAUACACAUGCAUUGCCACAAGCACAGCUGGAGAAAGCCAAACAGCAGCUAAAAUGGCUGUAAUCGAGGACUUGGUAAUGCCACAGUUCGUCGAAGGCUUGAAACCGCUCGAGGUGGAAGAGGGCAAACCAGCCGAACUUACCUGUACGGUUGUCGGCAAGCCCGAACCCGAAGUUGUUUGGCUGAAGGAUGGCGUGCCCAUCCAAAUCGACAACACCAAUGUGAUCAAAAAGCAGUCAGAGGGGCAACAAACGCUGAUCAUCAAAGAUAUGAAAGUUACCGAUGUUGGGUCUUACAGCUGCGAGGCGAGCAACAAAGCCGGAAAAGACAUCACCAUGGCUGAUAUCAAAAUCCCCAAGUACAACUUUGAAAAGGUCAAGGCGGAAGAAGUACAACCCCUGUUUAUUGAACCUCUGCAAGAAGCUACAGCCACAGAAGGCAAGACGGUAGUGCUCGAAUGCAGGGUCAACAAGGAAUCACAGCCAGAAAUUCGUUGGUAUAAAGACGAUGUUCUCGUCCAAGUCAACCAGCACAUGGUUAUGGAAACGUUGGACGAUGGCCGAAUCAAACUCACAAUUCACAAUGCCACCAAAGAAGACGUUGGCUCAUAUCGCUGCGAGGCGGUAAACGUUGCCGGAAAAGCCAAUACUCAGGCUAAGCUACAGUAUGCCACUUCCGUCGAAGAGUUGGUCACCGAUGAAAGCGAACAUGUGAGCGAAAUUGCACCGGACACUGCACGACCUGCGGAAGCCGUAGAGAUAAAGGCUGGCCGUGGACCGCCAGAGUUUGUAGAACUACUGAGAUCGUGCACUGUCAACGAGAAACAACAAGCUGUGCUGAAAUGUAAAGUCAAAGGUGAACCAAGACCGAAGAUCAAAUGGACCAAAGAGGGAAAAGAGGUUGAAAUGUCAACACGAAUUCGUAGCGAAUUCAAAGAAGAUGGUACGCUUUCGUUGACGGUUGAUGAAGUUAGCCAGCAAGAUGCUGGCGAGUACAGAUGCUACGCCGAGAACGAACUGGGCAGCGCCUGGACCGAAGGCCCGAUCAUCAUCGCCGCCUUCGGAGCAGCACCACAAGAGGGUGAAGCACCCGAUUUUAUCCAACCUGUUCGCCCUGUGGUUGUUGUCGAAGGCGAAGUUGCUGUCCUAGAGGGUAAAAUCUCUGGAAAACCAAAGCCAACCGUCAAAUGGUACAAAAAUGGAGAAUUGCUCAAAGCUACGGAUAAGAUUGUUAUGGAGUCGCUUGAUGAUGGCACCCAGAAACUUACGGUGAAGGAUACUACCAUAGCGGAUACAGAUGAAUACCGUUGUGAGGCAUCGAAUGAGUACGGUGAUGUAUGGAGCGAUGUCACGCUUACUGUAAAAGCCAAGCCACAAGUAGCGCCAACGUUUGAGAAGACUCUGGUUGAAGUGGCCAUUAGUGAGGGUGAAACUGCCACCUACGAAUGCAAGGUGGCAGGGCAGCCACAACCCGAGAUUAAGUGGUUUAAGGACAAGGAAGAGAUUUCAUCCACUGACCAGCAUUUCGUGCAGACCAAGGAAGCCGAUGGUACAGCCAGGCUCGUCAUCAAGGAUGCUAAGGUCAAAGAUACCGGUGAAAUCCGUUGUGAAGCACGAAAUGCAGCCGGACUGGCUCGAACUAAUGCUCCGCUCACCGUAACACUCCCUGAAGAAGAGUUUGCACCCGAAUUCGCGAAAGAUCUCACCGCUUGCCAAGUACAGGAAGGUGAAGUGGCACAGUUUGAAUGCAAGGUUACUGGUACACCACUCCCUGUCAUACAUUGGUUCAAAGAUGGUGUCGAACUAAAAUCUGGCGAUGGCAUCAAAAUUGAAUCGCUUCCAGAUGGUACCAACAGGUUAACAAUCGACAAAACCAAGAUGGAUGACCAAGGCAACUAUCGCGUUGAGGCUACAAAUGCUGCUGGUUCAAUGAGCAGCAAAGCACCGCUGUCAGUGCAGGCUCCCGAAACACUAAAGAUCAAGAAACCGCUGAAGGAUGUCACAACCGACAGAGGAACGAGAAUUUUACUCUCAGUCGAGAUCGAGGGCAAAGCAAAGAUAGUGAAAUGGUACAGAGGCACAGAUCAAGUCACUUCAUCCAGCCAUACCAAAAUCGAACAAGUAUCCGACGCUGAGUAUAAACUCACCGUGGAAAGCUGUGAGAUGACUGAUGCAGGCGCAUACCGCGUCGUACUUUCGACCGAAAGUGAAUCUGUUGAAUCCAGUUGUACGGUAACGGUCAAGGAGACAGCCGCGAAGGUUUCCUUGCCAUCAUUCAAGAAAGGACUCAACGACCAGAAAGUGCCGAAGGGAGAAACGCUCAUCCUUGAUGUUGAAGUGGAAGGACAGCCGAAGAAGGUGAAAUGGUAUAGAAAUGGUGAAGAACUCAAGGAUGUGAACACUGAAGAUUCCGGCGACGGAAAGUACCGCCUUGUUGUCAACGAUUUCAAUGAGGCAGAUGCUGGUGAAUACAGUGUCAGAGUUAGCAAUGAUGCCGGUGAAGUCGAGAGCAAAGCCAAGGUUACCGUCAUACCAACUGAAGUUGGUAAAGGUAAACCAGAAAUCGUCUCUGGUCUUGCACCAACCACUGUCAAACAGGGUGAAACGGCGACAUUCACGGUGAAGGUGAAAGGACCGGUCAAGUCUGUGAAAUGGUACAAAAAUGGCAAAGAAGUGCCAGAUGCGAAGACAAAAGAUCUUGGCGAUGGCACCUACCAGCUGACCAUACCAGACGCUCAGAAGGAGGAUACCGCCGAUUAUAAGGUGGUGCUCUCUAAUGAUGCCGGAGACGCUGAUUCUAGCGCUGCCUUGACUGUCAAACUGCCACAAAUUGAAAUUGUCAAAGGACUUGCUGACACUACCGUACCGCAGAAACAAACGGGAACACUUGAAGUCCAAACCAACAGACCACCGAAACAAGUGAAGUGGUAUAAAAAUGGCAAAGAAAUCAAGCCAUCUGACAAAGCACAGCCGAAGAAAGUUGAUGACAACAAGUACCAGCUCGUCAUUCCAGAUGCUGAAAAGGAUGACACAGCCGACUACAAGGUCGUCCUUACCGACGAUGAUGACAAUAAUGCUGAGUCGUCGUGUGCACUUACGGUGAAACUCCCCGGCAUCGAAAUUGUUAAAGGACUUGAAGACACUAUCGUACCCAAAGGACAAAAAGCUGUACUUGCGAUUGAGACCAGCAAGCCACCUAAACAAGUCAAAUGGUACAAAAAUGGAAAGGAGCUUUCACCAUCCGACAAAGCCAAGCCAGAAAAAGUCGCUGAUAAUAAGUAUCAGCUCGUUAUACCCGAUACUGGCAAGGAUGAUACAGCUGACUAUAAGGUAGUUCUUACCGAUGACGAUGGCAACACAGCCGAUUCCUCUUGUGCACUUACGGUGAAACUCCCCGGCAUCGAAAUUGUUAAAGGACUUGAAGACACCACCGUACCUAAAGGACAGAAAGCUGUACUUGCGAUUGAAACCAGCAAGCCACCAAAACAAGUCAAAUGGUACAAAAAUGGAAAGGAGCUUGCCCCAUCCGAUAAAGCAAAACCAGAAAAAGUCGCUGAUAAUAAGUAUCAGCUUGUCAUACCCGACACUGGCAAGGAUGAUACAGCUGACUAUAAGGUAGUUCUUACCGAUGACGAUGGCAACACAGCCGAUUCCUCUUGUGCACUUACGGUGAAACUCCCCGGCAUCGAGAUUGUCAAAGGACUUGAAGACACCACCGUACCUAAAGGACAAAAAGCUGUACUUGCGAUUGAAACCAGCAAGCCACCAAAACAAGUCAAAUGGUACAAAAAUGGAAAGGAGCUUGCCCCAUCCGAUAAAGCAAAACCAGAAAAAGUCGCUGAUAAUAAGUAUCAGCUUGUCAUACCCGACACUGGCAAGGAUGAUACAGCUGACUAUAAGGUUGUGCUUGCCGAUGACGAUGGCAACACGGCCGAUUCAUCCUGUGCCCUUACCGUCAAGCUACCAUCACCCAUUGGAAUCACCAAAGGUCUCGAAGACACUACUGUACCCAAGGGACAGAAAGCUGUCCUGGAAGUGGAAUCAAACCAUGCUCCUAAGCAAGUAAAAUGGUACAAAAAUGGCAAAGAGCUUUCACCAUCAGACAAACCUGAGCAGAAGAAAGUCGGUGACAAGACUCAUCAGCUUAUCAUUCCAGAUAGUAGCGAUGAUGACACUGCUAACUACAAGGUUAUACUCACUGAUGAUGACGACAACACCGCAGAUUCAUCUUGCGCAUUGACUGUACGUCUUCCUGCAAAGGAACCCAAGAUCAAGAAAGGUCUCCACGAUCGCAUUGUUGCUAUUGGAAUGCCAACUAUUUGGGAAGUUGAGACCGAGAAUGAGCCCACAGAAGUUGCUUGGUUUAAAGAUGGUAAGGAACUUGCUGGUGCUGCUGCUGCACAAAUGAAGGCUUCCAAAAUUGACGAUAACCAUUACACACUUGAGAUCAAAAAAUGCGCACUUAACGACACUGGUGACUAUAAGAUUGAAGUCAAGAAUGAAGCUGGUAAAGCUAGCAGCAGUGGAAAACUUACUGUGGAGCCAAAGCUUACAUUCCUCAAACCGCUAAAAGACCAAGAAAUCACUGAAGGUGAAAAUGCUGAGUUCCAAGUGGAAACGAAUGCUAAGCCAAGGACUGUCAAGUGGUACAAAAAUGGCAGAGAAAUUGCUCCGGAUGCUAGAUUCGCCAUUUCCGAAGAGGACACUAAGUUCAAGCUUGUCAUCAAAAAUGCAAUUCGCGAAGAUGCAGCAGAAUAUAAGGUUGUCCUUAGCAACUCUGCUGGCGAUGCCGACUCAUCUGCCAAGCUGACUGUCAAGAAGGCCAAGCCUGGUGUGCCCAAGAUUCUCAAGGGUCUGGAAGACCAGGUGGCCGCCAAAGGUGCUGCACUCAUCUUCGAAGUCAAAGUAGACGGUGAAGUUGAGGAAGUCCGAUGGGCAAAAGAUUCCGUACCAAUCACUGCUGGAGCCAAUGCUGUCAUUGAGAAAGUCGAUGAUAAGACAUAUCGACUCACCAUUCCUAAGGCAGAUCUAGGCGAUGCUGGUCAUUACACCGUCGAAGCUGUCAACGAGUCCGGAAAAGCAGCUUCUGAUGCUAGAGGAGAAGUUGACGAGAAACCUGAAAUAGUCAAAGGCCUCAAUGAUACCGAAGUAUCUCAAGAUGAUGAUGAAGUGUUCAAAGUUGAAGUCACUACUCCUGUUCGAACCGUUAAAUGGUACAAAAAUGGCCAAGAGCUCAAACCAUCACCACAUAUGGAACAGAAAAAGAUUAGCCCAAAGAAAUACGAACUUGCUAUCAACAGAGCACAAAUGGACGAUGGCGCUACCUACAAGGUCGUUCUCGCAAAUGCUGCUGGUGAAUGUGAUUCUUCCGCUAAACUUACUGUUACCAAGCCGAACAUUCUGAAAGUACUGGAAGGUCUCAAAGAUGUCGAUGUGGAUGAAGGACAGCCAAUUGAGCUCAAAGUCAAAGUUGAAGGCAUACCGAAAACGGUUAAGUGGUACAAAAAUGGUCAAGAACUCUCUCCCAGUGCUGAUCUGCAACUGAAGGAAAAUCCUGAGACUGGCGAGUAUUCGCUGUUGAUUCCACAAUCAAAGAAGAGCGAUGGUGCGGCUUACCGUAUCUCAUUGGCCAACGAUAAGGGAGAAGUGUACAGCGGAUCUGUUGCGCACGUAAAGGCUGCCAAACCAAAGGAAGUAGUAAAACCUGCCAACUUCCUUUCACCACUACAAGAUACCGAAGUUGUCGAGGGUGAGACGCUUUUACUGAAGUGCGUGGUUGCUGGUGAACCAUUCCCCGAACUUGUGUGGACCAAGGACGGCGUGGAAAUCGAGAAAGAUGACCGCAUCGCUAUGCGGGUUGCGCUCGAUGGAACAGCUACCCUACGCAUUUAUGAUUCCAAAAAAUCUGACUAUGGUCAGUAUCGCAUCACCGCCAAAAAUGAAGGGGGAACAGAAACCAGUGCAUGCCAGGUUACUGUGAAAGAAAAGGGUGAAGAACCAUCGAAGCCAAGAUUCAUUAUACCUCUAAGAUCAUGCGAAGCCGAAAUAGGAGAGAAGAAGAUGUUCGAAGUGAAAUUGCGUGGAUUCCCCAAGCCUACUCUUGAAUGGUUCCUCAAUGAUCAGCCUUUGAAAUUGGAUGAUCGCGUCACUGUUGAGGAUCUGGGAGCAGGAAACUAUUGCCUCACUAUCAAGGACAUCAGAGAAUCUGACUUUGGUACAAUUCGCUGCAAAGCCUUCAAUGACGUCGGCAGUGACGAAUGCCAAGCCGAGUUUGCGAAGUCCGGUAUGCGACUCGGCCGUGAACCUGGAGAUGACCGCUAUCCACCCAGAUUCAAUGUUCCAUUAUGGGAUAGACGUAUUCCGCUCAAUGAUCCAUUAUCAAUCGAAUGUCAUGUUGAUGCCAAACCGACAGCUACAAUUGAAUGGUUCAAGGACGACAAGAAGCUCGAAUCUAGUGAACUAGUAGAGAUUCGAAACACUUCGGACGGAGCAUGUCGUGUACGGAUAGCACGAUUUGGUCACGAUGAAGUCGGUGUUUACAAAUGUGUGGCUACAAAUCCACUUGGAGUAGCUGACACAAGAUCGACAUACACCGUAGAAGUGCUUGAGCAAGAAGAAGUUGUUGAAAGGAAGGAAUAUGCUCCAAGAUUCAAUCCUGGACUUGAGGAUAAGACUGUCAACGCUGGACAGAGCACUCGACUCAGCUGCAAAGUUGAUGCUAUGCCAAAAGCUGGUGUUGUUUGGUACAAAGACGGUCUACCGAUUCGAUCCGGUGGACGAUUUAACAUUACCCUCGCUGACGAUGGCACUUGCACUCUGGACAUCAAGGACGCUGUCGAAGGCGACGAAGGUGCCUAUCGAUGUGUAGCCAGCAAUGAGCAUGGUUCUACGAACACAAGUUGUUUGCUCACCGUGAAAGUGCCAAAGACCGAGGCCAAGAAGGAGGGAGAAGAGCCAUUCUUUACCAGAGGUCUUGUCGAUAUGUGGACUGAUCGUGGCGAGACGUUUACCUUGAAAUGCGCUGUCAAAGGUGAUCCAUUCCCCGAGAUCAAGUGGUACCGUAAUGGCACUCUUAUUCGUGACACUCCUCGUACUAUCCUUGAAACCUCACCGGAUGGUACGUGCAGCUUGACAGUCAAAGACUGCACAAUGAGCGAUGAAGGUAUUUAUCGCUGUGAAGCUGAGAACAAAUAUGGAAAGGCGAAAACUCAAGCUACCACCCAUGUGCAGAUGUCCCUCGGCAAAGGAGAAGCUCCCAAGCUUGAAAUGGGCUCCCCACCCAAGUUUAUCAUCCCGCUGGAAGACCAGACCGUGUUCCUUAAUGGAACUAUCGAUCUGGAAUGUAAGGUUACUGGACAACCUAUGCCACAGGUGAAAUGGUCCCGGGAUGGUGGUCCCAUAUGGGAAGAUUCACGAUAUGAGUGGGAAAUCGAUGAGGCUAAGGGAUUGUAUCAUUUGCGAAUAACAUCGGCUACUGUAAAUGAUGAAGGAACGUAUCGAUGUGUGGCUACUAAUGAGUCUGGUUCGGCAACAACGAAAUCUUUCGUCAGGAUAGAUGAUGGUAUGCUUCCCUCGCAAAUGCCAUCGAAGGCCAUCCCGCCAAGAUUUACCAUUCGCCUUGGCGAUGCUCGUGCUGUAGAAGGCCAACCCCUUAAACUCGAAUGCAAGGUGGAAGGCUCACCUCUACCCGACCUCACCUGGCACAAGGAUGGAGUACAGAUUAAACCAUCAGAUCGUGUGCAAAUCAGCAUAAAACCGGACGGCACGGCUACGUUACUGAUUCCAGAGUGUAACAUGGAUGAUGAGGGUAUUUAUCGAGUAAUUGCCACGAAUCCAUCUGGCUCUGCUCAUGACAAAGGCAAUGCCACCGUCAAACGUGCUCCUCGUGAUGCUGAUCGCCGUGUCCCUACUAACGAAUUUGAUGCUAACAAAGUGCCACGACUACUGGAGCCAUUGGAGAAUGUCAAGGUCCCUGAGAAACAACCGUUCCGUUUACGAUGCAAGUUUAGCGGUGAAAAGUUAUCUAUCAAAUGGUUCAAGGAUGGUGAAAGAGUGUUCCCGUAUGGAAGAUUACAAUUGAUUGAUUCCCCCGAUGGUGCUUGCGAAUUGGUUGUUCAGUCAGCUAGCCGACAAGAUGCUGGUUGUUAUCGAUGUGUUGCUGAGAACGUUUACGGAUCAGCCAGAACAAACUGUGAAGUGUUUGUGAUCCAAAAAGAACGCAAACCACCUACGGAUCUGGACGCUUCCAUGAAAGAAGGCAAAGCUCCUGGAUUUACCGUACCCCUCACCAUUCGACGAGCCAAGCCCGGUGAAACGGUCACUUUCGAGUGUGUCCCGUAUGGAAAUCCAUUCCCGCAAAUUAGAUGGCUCAAGGACGGAAUCGAACUGGCACCAAGUGAUAAGAUUAGCUUUGAAGCGUUACCCGACGGUACACAACGGUGUAUAAUCAAAGACGUCGACUUCUUCAGCGAAGGUUUCUUCCGCUGUGUUGCUACGAAUCCGUACGGUACCGCGUCAACGAAGGCGGAGCUUAGAGUUGAUGGCGACCGUUCUCUGGCUGCCCGAAAAAUUGAGGAACCGACCGAACCCGAGGAAUGCAAGCCACGCAUUCGACGUGGACUUUACAACCAGAGCAUCCAUCAGGGCAAUGUAGUGGAUAUGAUGGUGUGCGUUACUGGCUGGCCAACUCCGACUGUAACGUGGUACAAGGACGGCAAAGAAAUCGAAUCUGAAGGUCCUACAGGCCGUCGUGUAUUCUUCACUGACGACCGAGGCAUCCACCAUCUUGUGAUCUUGAACUUGUUACCCGAAGAUGAGGGCGAUUACUCCCUUGUUGCCAAAAAUAAGCUUGGUGAAGCACGAACUGAAGGUGCUUUGAGUGUAAUUCGACCAAGAGAAGUUGAUGGCUAUGGUCCAGAUGACAGAGGCGGCAUGCCCUUCCCACCCGGCUUCGUACGACAACUCAAAAACAAGCAUGUCUUCUCGCGAAUGCCAACCAUUUUCGAUUGUUUGGUAGUUGGACAUCCUGCACCUGAGGUUGAAUGGUUGCACAAUGGAAAACGAAUAACACCAGGAGGAAGGAUAAGAAUUCAAUCUUGUGGUGGCGGUUCACAUGCUCUCAUCAUUCUUGGAACUACAGUAGAGGAUGCUGGAGAAUAUGUGGCUGUAGCCAGAAAUAUGCAUGGUACAGCAUCAUCGUCAGCAAUUUUGGAUGUUACUGUUCCUCAUCUGGACAAUAUCAAAUUCGAUGGCGCAACGGAUGUCACUCCCUAUCUCACUGAAGAGUAUGGCUUCAGGAAACUUAACUAUGCUAGCUUGCCAACACCACCUGACCGAGGUCCAUUUAUCAAAGAAGUCACCGGACACUACCUCACCUUGUCAUGGAUCCCAACAAAACGAGCGCCACCACGAUAUCCUCAAGUGUCUUACGUCAUUGAGAUUAGGGAACUUCCAGAAAAGGAGUGGACGUUGCUCGACUACAACAUUCCGGAACCUGUAUGCAAGGUUCGAAAUCUCGAACUAGGCAAAUCAUAUCAAUUCCGAGUACGAGCAGAGAAUAUCUAUGGUAUUUCCGAUCCAUCACCAGCAUCGCCACCCUCUAGGUUAAUGGCUCCACCUCAACCAGUACUUGAUAAGAAGACCAAGAAAAUCAUACCGUUGCUGGACCCUUAUGCCGAAAAGGCUUUGGAUCUGGCGCAUGCCGAGCAAUACGCUUGUGCCCCAUGGUUCGCACCCGGAGUCAUCGAGAAGCGAUACUGUGCUGAAAAUGAUGUGCUACAAUUGACGCUAAACGUUUCUGGGUAUCCUGAUCCUGAGAUCAAAUGGAAAUUCAGGGGAUGGGAUAUUGAUACGACGAGCGCAAUGUCUCAGUGCAAGGUUUAUACAAUUGGCGGUACCGAGACGACUUUGUUGAUCAACUCCUUCACAAAGGAUAAUGUUGGUCAGUAUCAAUGCUUCGCUACGAACGCAUAUGGAGAAGCACAGCAAAAUAUCAUGGUUGACCUUGCCGUACGACCCAACUUCAUUCAACCGCUGUCGAAUCGAAUAUUCUCUGACGCACAACCGAUGAAAUUAGACGUUCGUAUUGAGGGUGAACCGUUCCCGGAAAUCAAAUGGCUUAAGGAAUGGCGACCGAUUGUGGAGUCGACGCGAGUGAAAUUCAUCGAAGAUGGCCCAUACCUGCGUUCUUUGAUAAUUAACGAUCCGAUGUGGCGUGACAGUGGCAUCUACACCUGCAUCGCUGUAAAUGACGCCGGACAAGCGACAACGUCAUGUUCGAUUACUGUAGAAGCUGAUGGUGAUUACAAUGAUGUGGAACUGCCCAAGAAACGAGCAAUGGUAGAGGCCCGAAAGAUUCGCGAAAUCUACGAGAUAGCCGAAGAAGAUGAAACGCUUGCGGCAAGUGGUGCACCGUUUCGCGUACGCGAGCGACGAACUGGGGACGAGUUUCUGGCGCAGCUGAAACCACUGAACGAUGCGCUACAAAGGGACGUAGACAUGUACAAUUGUGUGGAUCACGAGAAUAUUGUGAGAUUCCACGAAGUGAUCAAAGAUGACGAUCUCGCACUGAUUGUCUACGAAGACGCAAACAGCGCCUUGCUCGACACUUUUGCUCACCCUGGUGUGUCGAUUGGUGAGCCCGAAGGGCAAGAUCGUGAACGUAUGGUGCAGAUAUUCGUCAGGCAACUUUUGCUAGCGUUGAAACACAUGCAUGACAUGCGGAUUGCGCACUUGGAUCUCCGUCCGGAAACGAUUCUCCUUCAGGAUACGAAGUUGAAACUAGCGGAUUUCGGACAGUCGAGGAGACUCCUUCGUGGACUGAUUACAGGCACCAUACAAGGAUCCCCCGAAUUUGUUUCACCCGAAAUCGUGCGGGGAUACCCGCUAACACUGGCUACGGAUAUGUGGAGCGUUGGCACCCUCACCUAUGUCUUGUUGACUGGCAUAUCACCUUUCCAUGGUGACAAUGACAAGGAGACAUUGGCAAAUGUAGCAAACUGUGCAUAUUCUGUCAAAGGCGAGGAAUGGCAAUCAUUCACCUCAGAAGCAGCUGAUUUUGUGAAGAGUUUGCUGCAAGAGAUCCCUGCUGAACGAAUGACGGUUGAUGAAGCACUCGAGCACCCAUGGCUGUCAGAUCCAAAGCUGAAAACCAUGCCAUUGUCUGCGGAUUCACUGAGAGAGUUCAAAUAUCAGCAUAAAUGGCUGGAGCGACGAGUGUUCGUCCAACAGACGCCGUCUGAGCAGAUUUUGGAAGCUGUCUUGGCUCCAUCUGUAAACAGAGUUGAGCCACAGAAGCGUCCACCACCAGAAAGUGCACAACCAGUGGAAAUCUACGAUUAUCUUCGAAUUAAAGAACGUCCACCGCCACCUGUGGAAGAUUUACCACGUAGAAGACGUGAACAAGUGGAUCCAAGGCAAUUCCCACCGUCAGCUCCUCAGCGUUUCGAACCGUUCGACCCACGCGAUCCUCGAAAUCGACAGCAACCGCCGUUCGAUCCCCGUGAUCCACGUGCCGCACAGUUCUUCGACCCCCGCGAUCCACGACUCCAAGACCCUCGACGUCAGGGUCGUCCAACCCCACCCGUAGAUCAAAACGGUCGACCGAUUCAACCGAAGAAAAUCCCGUUGGAUCAAUACGGUCGACUCUUCCGUCCAGAAGAUUUAGCAAGAAUCCCACACGACUCAUUUGGUCGUCCAUUAGAUCUUGAUCAACGUCUACCACCUGAUCAACUUGGCAGAGUCGUUAAUCCACCAGAGGAUCUGAGACAGCCUAAACAAUUUGGACCCGUGCCAAUAGAUCGAUUUGGUCGCCCUAUUCAACAGCCUCCGCCUGCAAGACCACAAGACCAAACUAGACCACCUCCUGACUACAAAGGACAAGAAAAGAAAAAACUUAUACCACAAGAUAAGGGAGAAACUCCAUCUAAGAAAGAGAUGAAAAGAGCACGAGAAGAUGAAUUCGACGAAGGUGCAGUGCCUUAUGUUCCACUACGCAUGAUUCGUGGUGAACAUCGUGAAAUCGAAGAGGAAAUCGCUAACAGAAUUUUGUCGGAUAUCUCCGAAGAAGGAUCAAUAAGUGGAAGCUUAGCAAGCAUAGAGGAUUUGGAAGGCAUUUUUGUACCAAGGAAAGAUGAGCGCCGAUCACAAUCCGGAUCAACUACACCAAGAGCUGAUUCUGAAGCUUCUUCGCCUACCAUAUCACCGUUGAACACUGUGAAGGAAGGCGAAUUCUUUAGUGAUGAGAUGAAUGACGGAUUUGUUGAAUUACCGGCCGAGGAUAUCAAGGUACUUGAACGAGCUGAAAAUGAUCCAUCAAUCCCAGUUGGAGCACCACUUUUCCUUGAAGGACUCCAUCCCGCUACCUUGGUUUUGGAGACAAAAGAGAAAUUACCAUCUCCACAAGGUUUGUCGCCACGACGUUCCAAACCUGGUACAAAGAGCCCAGUAUUGCUAUCUCCGGGAAGGGAACACUCUAUGGAGGUGGUGAUUGCGACGAAACGUGGUAAACCUGGCUUCUUACCGCCGGGUGAAAUUGCUCCGGAAAUCGACGAUGAAGAUGCGAAAAUGGACGAAAGAAAGAAGAAGAUAAAACCAUUAACGCAUAAGGAUGAAUUCCAAGAUUUACGUGAGAAAAUGAAACGGGACGAUGAGAGAAGAAAGGCUGACAGAGAAGAAUUAGAAAAAUAUCGUCCAAGAAAUAUCUACAAGGAUGACAUGGAGUUUGAUCGCCCAGCAUAUGAUGUAGAUGAUUCUCCAUGGGAUUCACAUUACCAGAUUGGUCCCGACACCUACUUGAUGGCGACGCGCGGUCCUGCAUUCAACAGCCGCGUACGAGACUAUCGCCGUGAAUUGUUUGGUGAUGGAGCACCACUGGUUGGGCAAGGUUUCCUAGGAUACAGAAAUCAAGACAUAACCGUUAGAGAACGUCGAAGAUAUACGGACAUACUUCGCGAGCUGCAAACAGGUGUGCAGCCAAAACCUAAUGAGCACGUAAAUUCGUUACAAAAGGCUCCGUCACUGACUGCUAUCGAAAGGAUCAAGGCUGAUAUUGAGAAGGUGGCACCAAGUGCGACUAGAAGAAAUGCGGAUGGGACUUAUGCCCCCAUUUUUGUAUCUCGCCUUCGUGAUGUCUACCUGAAAAACGAAUCCUUCGUCAUUUUUGAAUGUGCGGUCACCGGAAGCCCAUUACCAAGAGUUGAAUGGCAGUUCCAAGGCAAUAAUUUGGAAAACAAUGGGAGAUACCGUAUUGAAAAGGAUCAAUCCGUAUGCCGCCUUAUAAUUAAUCAACCAGCUGUUUACGAUCUUGGAGAAUAUACUUGCACAGCAACAAAUGAAUACGGUAGUGAUAAGACAACAUGCAGACUCAUCACUGGAGAAGCACCAUCACGACCAGGUCGUCCAGAAUGUGAAAUUACCUCCGACACUGAAGCUUUUGUCACCUGGGAAGCCCCUGAAGGCCCAACCUACCUGGAGGGUAUCACUUAUCGUUUGGAAUAUCGACUUGCUGGAAUCGAUGACGUUUUCUCCCCAUGGGUGCUUAUCAGCGAUUCCGUAGAUGAUGAAGCUGCUGUUGUAAAGCAUCUAGAACCACUAGGAUUUUAUCAAUUCCGUGUUACUGCCAGAAAUGGUUUCGGUCUAGGAGUACCUAGCCUGAUUAGUAGGAUUAUCCAAGCCAAUGGCAGAGGAGCAACAAAAAUACAGUUGGACGCUCUGAGACAAGACUAUCGCUUCAAUGUCGUCGCCCUGCCUCAAAAGACCUCAAGUCAUCAACUUGAAGGAAUUUCUGAAGAAAGUGAAGAGGAAGUUUCGAGAACGGAACCAUGUAUGCCAGGACAAUUGCUCAACGAGGACCCAGCAAAGCGGUUCCAGAUUGAGUCCCUGCUCUUCAAAGGAAGGUUUUCAGUGUUGAGAGUCUGCGUUGAUUCACAAAAAGAGGCAGGUGCCCAUUGUGUGGCGAAGAUUAGACCAAUAGACCACAAAACUACUAUGCGUGAAUAUGAGACUUUGAGAGAAGCUCAACAUGAAAAUGUUCAGCAUCUUGUUGCCGCUUACCAACACAAUGGAUUUAUGUACUUGUUCUGUGAGCGGUUAUUUGAGGAUGUUUUUGCUAGAUUUAUUCAAAUUGACUACUAUACUGAGGAACAGGUCCGACUUACGAUCGGACAGCUCGCCAGCGCUUUGCAUUGGCUACACUUCAGGGGAAUCGUCCAUCUUGACGUGAAUCCCCAUAAUGUGAUGUUCCAAACAAAGAGAAACUGGAUAGUGAAGCUUGUCGAUUUUGGCAGCGCACAGUUCACCAAAAACGCCGUUAAACCAGCAGAAAUUGACAUUACCUGGGCUGCACCCGAACUCCACGUCAAGGAUACCCCAGUGACUGUCCAAAGCGACAUGUGGGGUCUGGGUCUGAUCACAUUCUGCCUCCUGGGUGGUUUCCAUCCAUUCACCUCCGAGUAUGAUCGUCCAGAGGAAGUCAAAGAAAACGUAAUAAAUGUCAAAUGCGAUCCUAAUUUGAUUCCCGUCAAUGCUAGCCAAGAAUCUCUUAGCUUUGUUACCUGGGCACUGAAGAAAAAUCCAUUACGUCGUAUGCGCACGGAUGAAGCGCUGUCACAUCGAUUCCUUUCAUCAGAUCCACAAAUGGUGAGAAGGAGAGAAUCUAUCAAGUACUCCGCCUCUCGGCUCCGAAAAACCGCUCUACUAACUAAGCAAUCGCAAACAAGACCUGAGAGCAAUGCUUUGGAGUUCAAAUUUGGUGGAAAGACGGUACAGUAGCGAGAAACGACCCAAAGACUACUACUUAUCAUUUGAUCUACAUUUGUAUAUCGAAUUGAACCCUUAAAAUCUAAACAGAAAAAUCAAUAAAACGAAGAAAUCAAAUUUUAGACGUGUAGGAUGUUGUAUUAUC